GGUGCCAAACGGAAGAAACGUCAGUGGUUCCAAGUUCAGAGUAAUUAUUAGCUCUCAAUUCCAUUAUUUCUCUAUUUUCUUUCUCAAUCGCUCUCUUCUUUCCUUCGAUGUCAUUUAGCCUCAAUCAUCCAUCAUCCAUCAUAUCAUCCGAGAAUUUCAUUUUUCAUAUCAUCCGAGAAAUUUCCCAUUUAGCCUUAAUCAUCCAUCAUUGCAGCAGUCAGACAGCGAUAAGGUUUCUAAAUUACUGCAAUGAAGCCAGGAGAUUCUACAUUGAACCCUUAUGCAGCAUCAUACAUACCAUUGUUUAAAAGAGAAGCAGCUGAAAAAAUUGAAGGUCCUGGAGUAACCUCCAAAGUCGCUCAAGGUGGCAAUCAAACUGUAUGGAAUAGACCUGUAGAACAUACCACACAAAACAGGCAGCACAAUCAAGCUUCUUCCAUUCAUCAAGCAUGUGUACCGAAAAAUCAUCCUGCUCCUGGCUUUUAUGGUUCAUCAUCACAAAGUUUAAAUGAAUUGACAGACAAUCAGAUGAUGGAUGAGGAAUCUGACAUUGAUUUGGAAUAUCUUCAGAUGACUUUUCCUGGCAUAUCUGAUGAGUCUCUUAAUGAUGUCUAUAUGGCAAACAAGGGUGACCUGGAGGCCACUAUUGAUAUGUUGAACCAACUUGAGUUUGAUUCUUUUGAGUCUCCUGAAAAUCUUCCUGACACCUUGGACAUUGGAGAUGUCUCUGAAUCUGGAUCUUCAGCUGAGUGUUCAUCUGUGAAACUGAAAAGUGUUGUGGGUGAAGCCAGUGCCUCUUCAUUGGGUUCUGCAGCCCCAGAGUCCGUUAGUGUCACCUGAUUGAGUUGGUGAUUUGCUCAGUUCUUGUUUUGUUUUCUUAAAUUGUGGAUAGGAAGUAUAUGAGUAGGAAACAUUUCAUUUGAGAUGGGAAAGAGAUACAUAUAUUGCUCAUCUAUGGGUGUAUAGUUCUGAGGUGCUUGUUCCCAGCAUGCUUUCGUUUGCUUGUUCUGGGUUCUUUGUGUCCACUAUGUGUAAAAAAGCCCCAUUGAGCGAUAAGAAUGUAGGUUAUAGUAUAUUAUGAAAUGGCAAGUGAUAUUUGGCUCCUUGAAAA